AUGGUGGAGGCUGUCGUCUCGAUCUCUGCUCGUCCGCCCACUCCACCGAGGACAACAUCUUGCGCUCUCUCAAACACAGCAACAGACGAGAGGGAGAGACCCGGCGAGCUGCUGCCUACGUUUCAGACCCCUGGGGAUUCGCCGUUUUCGACGAACGGAUCGCAAGGCGCCCUGUCGAGUCGACACUCGAAGAGGGUGAAUUUUUCGCCAUGGACCAAAUAUAUCAAGCCUCCGACGUUCAGCAGCUCAGUCCUCAAACCGAUGGCUGAUCUUAAGGUCCUGCCGCCGUCGAACGAGUGCAAGCCCGCUAAAUCGAUAUUGAAGACUACCAACUCGGCCGUCGCCCCCGUGAGCUUGUCCCAGACCACGCCGUAUACCUCCGAGUCGUUUGUCAUGUUGUUGGAGUCAGCCUUGCGGGAACUGGCCGGUGAGGCGCCGAGCGGCCGGCUUGAUGCAUAUAUGCAUCUGUUGGGGGCGUUGAAGGCAUACGAUGGUCUUCCAACAGCGCAGGAAAUUUCUGGCAACCUGGUGCCGCUUACGCAGUAUAUACAGCGAGAUGCUACCCGAAAGCUGGAGAACGGGGGUCCAAUAGAUUCGAAUCUAGUGAUACAGGCGCUGAAACUCUCAAUCGCGCUGGUAUGGCACCCAGAGAUCUCCGCCCAACUUCCAGAUGAUUUUAAGACCUUCCUCGUCGACUAUUCGAUUACUGCUCUACAUGAAGCCAAAGCCUCCAAGUCAAUCUUGGUACACCAUCUGCACAUCUUAUCAACGCAAAAUUUCAGUGUCAAGAUCAUGACGAACGCUAGAAUCACACGGUUGCUCACAGUUUUACACGAUAUCACGAGUCGAGUCAGUGGCAACGCAGCGGUUUUCCAUCGACUGAGUACAUAUCAACGCAUUCUCAGCCAAUCAAAGGGGGCAUUUCUCGCGCAGUCAUCUCUGUGGAUGGAGCAUUUGAUUUCGGGACUGCUUCAUCAUAUCAAGGAUACUCGACUGAAAGCGAUAUCACUUGGUUUCCAGAUCUCAACCACUUUCGGCCCCAGCCCGAUACUCUCCAAAACUAUCCGAGAUAUUCUUGAUCGCCCCAUCGAGAAAACUAGGAAACUGGUGACUGAGGUGUGCGAACGCAUGUCCCGAAUGAUGGCGUCUCUAGAAAGUGGUGUUCACGUUCCCCAGAUCUGGAGUAUUAUCAUCCUCCUUGUGGGAAGUAAGAAGUUGAGCGUCGACCAAUGGGAACAUUUCAAGGAAUGGGUUUUGGUUCUCCAAAAAUGCUUCAACUGCAGUGAGUCAGCUAUCAAGGCUCAGGCGAUAAUCGGCUGGAACCGAUUUGUAUAUGUUGUCGCCCUGAACGAGGCAACUAGUUCCUCGGUCUUGAAGAUGUUAAGCAAGCCGAUCAUGUCCCAGUUUGACCGGAAAAAGCAGGACAAGUCAGGGACCCAGCCCAGCCAGCUGGCUUUGUCCAGCUAUUACAACCUGCUGUAUUACGCCUUCCGGCCAUCCGUAUCUCACCAACGACUAGAUGUUGUAUGGGAUGAAUACGUGGCUGUGCCCUCGUCAACUAUCCUGAUUUCUACUCCUGCCCUGAGCGACAGGGUCUCCCAGGUGCUAGCGUUCCUGCUAUGGAGUCCGCAGGCAAAGGUUUGGUCGGAGAGCCGGAUUAACGAGACGAACAAGCUUGUUCCAGAUGAGCUCCCCUCAAUUGACUACCGGUGGACUAGGACACGAAUUACCUCCAUUUUGAAGGUGUUUGAAAACCUUCUUAAAUCAUCCACAUGGAACGACGAGGCACCUGAGAGCUCUAAUAUUUCCACGGCUUGGACAAGCCUGUCCAAAGCCCUGUCAAAUGCAUCAAGCAAAGAGAUCACACCAUCCACAGAGUCUAUGCAAGCUGUUGCCAGCGUCCUUGGAUUUCUCCAACGCCUUUGGAUUGCAGGCCCGUCGGCGUUGAACGCCAGUGGAGACCGCUGCGUGGAUAAAUUCUUCGAUCGAUUCCGUUUCUUAUCCGUCGCCAUGAUUGUGUCCACGGGCAGUAUAUCUUUUACCGAGAAAUUGCUCCUAAAAACUGGUGACGAAUCUUUUCAGGCCGCCAACACGCCAACGCACCGUCACCCGCGACCAGACACCAAACUAGAUAUACCCAUUCUACAUUUUCUUCGAUUCGUCAGUGAUGUUAGCGGUAUUUCGGAGCCUGUACAAUCUUACGUCCAUCUAAUCGAUGGUACCCUCGAGGCGGCUUGCAUCGGCAAGGUGUCUCGAGGUUCACGGCUCGAAUUUCUUCGACAAUGUGCUGACUUGGUUCCGAAUGAGCCAGGCUCUCUUGACUUGCCUACCUUCACCCAGAUUGUUUGGAAAACAACAGCUAAAUUGGCUGUGGAUUGUCUGUGUUCCUGCCCAAUUGAAUCGGCUCGGGAGCGAGAUGGCACUGUUGCCCGUGAUUACGACAACCUUGUCAAAAUACUUGACUCCGGUUUGCAGUUUCCAGAUGCCUCUCGAGAAUGGGGUCAAUUACUUGAUUCAUUUGUUCGAGUCCUUAGAACUGAACGAGGUGAUUGGGCCAUUGCGACGAUGAUCAUCGAGCCCCUUGCGGAACGUGUUGUGCGGGUCCCCCUCCAAAACGCCUACAAGCCUUCAACUGCACUCCUUCACCAGUCGCUGUCAAUCCCUUUCUUCCACCACAACAAAGCAAAUGGUCAAGAGACAAUAAAUAACACCGCUUCUUCCAGUCCAUUGAAUCAGGAAUCGUUACUGUUCCCUCACAAUCUGGCCAAUUUGGCUGAGAAGACACUCCAACAAUCUUACGAGCAGUUCAAACCUUCCGAAACCGCCGAGCUUGCUGACUUCAUCGAAUCUCUGACUUCCCUUCUGGGGUCGGGUGCAUUAGCGUUUCGUUCCGCGGUUCUUGAAACCCUCCAGCAGCCUCUUGGCGUAUGGUUAGAAGAUGAAACGCAUCAACUGACUCCAGAACGUGGUGUAGAGAGCAGAAUCUUGACUGCCUAUCGCGCCCUGUCAUCGGCCAUUUUGAAUAUUUUGCAGACAUCUAUUCCUCAUGACACACUGUCUCUGCGGAGAUUUGAAACGAUUACUUACUCUGGUUUGGAGUCUUCACACGUUUACAUAGCCAAGAGGUUUAUCGAAAUGUGGAACAGCUCUUUUGGCCUCCAAGAGAAACUGGAGUAUCCUGAAAGGGUACUGCGGGCGCUGAGGAAGCUGGAGCCUUACACCAAGGUUAAACUUCCGGGGUUGUCACCAUCUAAGGGCUUACAACCCAACCUUCCAAAGUCUAUUCUAUCUAAUGAGCAGUCUAAAGCAGGUAAGGAUGGGCUGCCCAGGAAGGUCUUGGCGAGGACCGCUGUCGAAGACUCCUUUGAUUCAUCAGCAUCUACCGGUUUCAAUUCAUCUCCAGUCACCAGAGAGGAUGGCCUAUCCUCAGCAUUACAGCUCAGACAGUCGACUGAAUCUGCUGUUGUCAGCAGUGGCUCACAGCCAGAGCCUGUUCCGAUCAGCCAAGCUAUGGAUGAUUUCUCGCCGAUGGAUAUCGAACCACGGCAGGCGGAAAACCAAGUACAUGAAGAUAUGGACCGUAAAAACAUAUUCACCAUGAUUGAGGGUCUGAGGUCAUCCCCCGCUACAUCUACUCCCGGAAACUUGGGCUUUCGCACCCCUCCGCAUUUGCGUAUCCUCUCCAAUCUCGAGCGCUCGACUGGGACACCUCUUACCCCCACAAUCGCAGCCGUCUCUGCUGAUCUCGAAGACAACUUCCUUGGGUCAUCCCCUACCCCAGGUACUAGGAGUCAUGUUCCGACUCCCGGGUCGAGCCUCUCUGUUUCGCUACCAAUCAGUACCAACCAGUCUCUGCUUGAUGAAGAACUUCCAUCAUCACCUCCCGAAUUUCAGGCCUCCAAUAGCAAGAGACGCAAGAAGAAGACUCGAGCUUCGGUAUCGGUCCGCGAGAUUAAUUCGCUCAACGAGAAUACGGUGAAUGGUAACGUGGUCGAGCCUUCAGCUGAUGACGAAACCGAGGAUAAUGAGCGCACCCCCACCGUCAAGCCAGUUGUUUCUAGCCGUCGAAGAUCGCAAAGGAAAUCUAUCGCCUCAAACGAGCCAACGGAAACCCCAAAAGGAGAGAGCUCCAAUGGAAUUGUCCCAGAGGCGAAGUCGAGUUCUAAAAUCAAGGGUUCUAUGUCCAAAAAAUCUGCCAAGAAGAUAGCUCCACCUGUCCUGACCGAUGAUUUUGAUGGCAACUCUUCAGUCGUUGCUAUUCAAAAGGACGACCCAGACUCGUCUAGCGACGAUAUGGAAAUGCAAAUUGCCUCUCAACUGGAAAACGACAUGAGCCUGAUGAACAGGUCUAUCAAUGAAGAUAUGGAACGGCCUGUAAACCCUGUUCAGAGCGUACCCUCUACACGAAAGCGAAAGCGACAAGCUGAGGAGGCGAUGGCCACACCUGAGGCAAACAAGAGUCGAUCCUCAAAGGCGAUUCCAAUAACUGAACCGACUACGGCGAAUGCCAAAUCGGACGUGAGCACAGCUAUCUCCGAACAAGCGCUGGAUCCGAUUUCUGUACCUGAAGUCUCACCGUCUAAGACUACAAAAGGCACCAAGCGGCGGAAAAUGCAAAAGACUGACAGUACCGAGUCAACCGGCGUUGCUGUUCUCGGAGAGAAAUCCCAAGAGCAGGUCGAGAUCAAGCAUCAAAAAUCAAAACAGUCUCCGAAGAAACGGAGACGCUCUGCACGCCUCGAUCCAGAUGCUGCUUCGCCGGUGAAGGAGGAACAGUCUACACGAAAGAGAUCACAGCGAGGACACCGCAAACAAGAUGCUCUCAAAGCAAACAAACAAUCUCCAAGCCGCGAGCUAUAUACAGAAGAGCAGAGAGAGCCUCAAUUAGAGGAAGAGGCGUCGGUGGUAGAAGAGACUCAGUUGGAUCAUAACAGCACACUUCAGGAAGAUUUGGUGCAGGACGAUGGAGAUAGACUUGGAUCCAUAGAGUCCGAGAUGGAACAAAACUAUGCCAGCGACCACGUGGCCAUUACGAUGGUAGCGGAGGAUCUCGACCCAGAGACCGAACCUGCCAACGCCAUACCAGAUGAUGUGGAGAUGGGAGACGCCCAGCCCGAGAAUCACGACACUCAGGUGUCUUUUGCCGAAGAAAUUGGCGGGUUGCACAUGGGCCCUCCUACCUCGAAGCCAACAGGUGAAACCAUUCCACCUGGGACGCAGGUCUCCGGCUCCAAUAUUUUGGAUUCUCUUCGAAAGAUUCUGGGAGACGUGAAGAAGGCCAACUUUGGGCGCGAGGCAUUGCGAGAGAUCGACGAUUUGCUAUUUGAUAUUCGCGUGGAAAUGCAUGAGGCCUCUAAGAGGCAUGUGGAAUAG